GUUUCUGAAGGAAUUGUGGUGUGGGAAGGGAUGUCGAGUGUUAUCUGUGUUGGAAGGGUUCUGGGGAAAGGGGAGACGCUUCUGGCCUCUCCUCAACCCCUCAGACACUAUUAUCCCUGUCUAACUCCUUCCCUCUCGUUUCCCAGGUCACUCUGCGCCAUGACUGAGAUCAGUGACCUGGAUCGCCAGAUUGAACAACUCCGCCGCUGUGAACUCAUCAAAGAAAAUGAAGUCAAAGCUUUGUGUGCAAAGGCCAGGGAGAUUCUGGUCGAAGAGAGCAACGUGCAACAGGUCGAUUCCCCGGUCACUGUCUGCGGAGACAUUCAUGGGCAGUUCUAUGACUUGAAGGAGUUAUUCCGGGUUGGGGGAGAUGUACCAGAAACAAACUAUCUGUUCAUGGGUGACUUUGUGGACCGAGGGUUCUACAGUGUAGAAACUUUCCUCCUGCUCCUUGCUCUGAAGGUGCGUUACCCGGACAGGAUCACGCUGAUCCGGGGUAACCAUGAGAGUCGUCAGAUCACCCAGGUGUAUGGCUUCUAUGACGAGUGUCUACGCAAGUACGGCUCGGUGACCGUCUGGAGAUACUGUACUGAAAUCUUCGACUAUCUCAGUCUGUCAGCCAUCAUUGACGGCAAGAUAUUCUGUGUACACGGGGGUCUCUCACCUUCCAUCCAGACGCUGGACCAGAUCCGUACCAUCGACCGGAAACAGGAGGUUCCGCACGACGGGCCCAUGUGUGACCUGCUGUGGUCUGACCCUGAGGGUGUGGGAACGUGGCGGCCAUCCUGGAGCUGGACGAGCAUCUUCAGAAGGAGUUCAUCAUCUUUGAGGCUGCGCCUCAGGAGACCCGAGGCAUCCCCUCCAAAAAACCUGUGGCUGAUUACUUCCUGUGAACUGUCCCUCCUUGUCCUCGUCAUCCUCCUCCUCCUCCGUCCUCAUCUAUCCUCACCCCUACUCCCUCUCCCCCAUCCCCUCCAAAAAUCACAUCCAAUUGACCUAACCCUCUCCACCACCCUGCUCAUCACUUCCUCCUCACUACCUUGGAGUCUUGUCACACUCUCCUCCGUUCUCCAUCCUCUUUCCCCCUCAACUUACCCCACACUCCUCUCCCCAAACUGAUGUUCGCUUCCCAAGCCUCCCACAUUUCCUAAGGACACCCCUUCCUGCUCUUCCUGUUGACCCUGAGGAGAGGGGUGGUGGAGAGGGGUGGUGAAGAGGAUGGUCACAAUCGAUCAGGGAGAUUUCCCCACCCCGACCUGCCUUAGCCAGGGUGACUUAACUCGUCAAGGAUUCACACUUCUUCUGUGCGGAGAUGCCCCAGCGGCCUUCAACCAUCCACACCCCACCCCGUUCCCAUCACUAAGCUCCGACCGUGGCUUCGUUCUACAAAGAGGAAAAGAAAUUCCGUCUGGGGAUUGAGAAACAAAAAAAUUCCAAUAAAAAUAGUAAACGUU